AUGGCUGAAGAACAAGAAAGUUAUAGGCAUGAUCGGCGACCCAAACCAAAAUCAGCUACACAGGAAAACUUAGACAGACAUGGAUACCGUCGCCGGAACGAAGAAAGGCAAAGGGAUAAGGAGACUAGAGAUGGGGGUAUGAGUAGAGAUCAGGACCAUAAUAGAGAUCCUGGGCGCGGAGGACAAGCUCCCCCAGGUACGAAUACAGAUGGAGGUGCUCAACGUCAAUAUCCUGUGCCAUACACACGUUCGCCUGUUUACAUUUGCAAGUCGGUGACAAAACCAGAAGGUGACGGAAGAGGAGAUGAGAGAAUAAAUAGAGCCAAGGAUCGGAAUCAUACUAGAAAUUCUGAGCCCAUAGCAAGGCAUAGACUUAGGGCUGAAGGCGAUCAAUACGAACGAUAUGUGACACGCGGGGAUCCGCUUAUCUCCAGUCAUAACCCGGAUCCGAGAGCUGGUAGGGACAAUGAAAGCCAACAUCUUCCUCCGCUCAGCCGUAAUGCACCCCGGAGAACUGUCCACAACGACCUAGGGUAUGAGUAUGACGAUCAAAGACCUGGAAAGUACCGUCAUUGA